AAUCAGAUUUGUUGUACAGCAAAUUCAUGUCAGGGUAUUGCAUGCUUCAAUGUUGCUGUUUUUGAUCUGUAGAAGAUUUGUAUGCUAUUCCUAGGAAUCCUUGUCUCCUUUCUGGGGAAAAUGGAGGGAAACUUGGAUUAGUUUUGAAUCAUUUGGGAAUGGAGAGUCAGACACAAGCCUAUGCCUGCCUGAGCAGCUGUUUUCUCAUCCAGUAGGAUAAUGUUGGGGAUGGGGCUAACUUCUGGGCUGAAAAAAUUGACAAGCCUGAAAAGCGCAUGGAAAUACUGCUGUGGGUUGUGCUUUUAUACCUGUGUGCACAUUUAUCAGAAACCUUAAACACUGCAUUCUGCACAUCUUGAUUUUGUAGACCUUUCUAGUGCUAGUAAAUGUGCUAUUCUGUUGGUGCACUUUGGAGGCGGUUCUUCACUCACUGCCUACAGCUAUAAAGAGGGACAUAGUGCUUACUUGUGUUAGUGCUCUGAGUUGAGUCUGUGGCCAUGUCUUGCAUGUAAAAUAAACACUAGAAAGAUGUUUUCAGAUGGGCAAAUUGGCACAUUUUUUUCAUACUGAAGUGAGGGCAUCAACUGUGCAUUAGUGGAUUCAUCUGGAGCUCUGACAUGGACUUUCAGCUUUUAGUGUUUCUUCUGAAAAUGGAGUUAUUUCUGUGUCUGUCUUUAUCGGAGGCUAAGAGUGCUUCCCUGCAUCUUGGAGAAGCGGAGGGUUUUCUUGAGAAAUAUGGCUACCUCCAUGAGCAGGAUCACACACACAGUGCAGACAAAGUCACAUCAGCUGUCAGGCAGUUUCAGUGGUUGUCCCAUCUGCCCGUCACUGGUAGACUGGAUGGUACCACGUUAUUGAAGAUGGCAUCACCACGCUGUGGGGUGAAAGACAGAGGUAGUAAUGAAGCCUGGGCACAGCGAGUUAACUCUGUUUUUACAGGGAAAAUCCAACAGCACCUUCGCAACAAGCGCUACACUCGACCAGGCGGGAAAUGGUACAAGCAACACCUGACAUACCAGAUAGUGAACUGGCCACGCCAUCUCUCCCAGGGUCCUGUGCGGCUGGCAGUGCAAACGGCUUUCCAGCUCUGGAGCAACGUUUCAGGAUUGGUUUUCCAUGAAUUGAGUGAGGGUCCGACAGAUAUCCGUCUGGCUUUCUACGAAGGAGAGCACAACGAUGGCACCAGUAAUGCAUUUGAUGGCCCAGGUGGUGCACUAGCGCAUGCUUUUUUCCCAUGCCGGGGUGAGGCUCACUUUGAUAAAGCUGAGCGCUGGUCUCUGAGCAGCCAUAAAGGUCAUAACCUUUUCCUGGUCACUGCUCAUGAAAUUGGCCACACACUGGGAUUAGAGCACUCACCAGUCCGCCACGCCCUCAUGUCACCAUACUAUAAGAAACUUGGCCGCAGUCUUCUGCUUAGCUGGGAUGACAUUACAGCUGUGCAACAAUUAUAUGGUAAACCAUCUGGAGGUGCAGUGGUGCAAAUACCAAGCCAGGAUCUUAGUUGGGCCAUGCAAGAUUGGGAGUUAUCUCAAGAGCAUACAGGAGAUCUUAGCCAGCCCCACUAUUGCAGGAACACUUUUGAUGCAAUCACAAUGGAUGCAAACGGCACAGUGCUGGUCUUCAAAGGUGGUUUGUUCUGGACGGUGACAUCUGAGGGUAAUGGAAGUGCUCCAGUUCCUCUGAAGCAGCGCUGGCCUCAGCUUCCAUUCGCCAUCGAGGCUGCUGCCUUCUCUCCACUGGAUGGCAAACUUUACUUUUUCAGUGGCAAGCACAUAUGGCGAUAUUCAGGCACCGUUUUGGACCUUGGCUUCCCCAGGAAGAGCAGUGAGUGUGGCAUGCCACGACAUCCAGACUGUGCUUUCUUCUAUGCUCCUCUGGGCCACAUGGUGGUCUUUAAAGGCUCACGUUACUUUGUGUUAAACUUGGAGACACUGCGUUCUGAGCCAUACUACCCUAGAGACCUUGCUGAUUGGAAGGGAGUGCCACGUGGGGCCAAUGGCGCUGUGACAAGAGCUGACGGAAGGCUUUAUUUUUUCCGUGAACAGCAGUACUGGAGGUUCGAUCCAAAGAAACUACACAUCACUGCAAGAGGACAAUGGACAAAGAGGCUGGCAUGGACUGGCUGCCAUGGAAGUCCUUCAAAUGAUGUGCUGUGACCAGAUUCCAUGGUGAAGUGAAUUAUUCUUGAACAGAAUGGAGAGGAGCUACGUGCAAUUCAAAAACAGAAAACUGAAAAGGUGUUUUUAUUCUGACAUGUGAUUGUUUUUUAUGUCUGGUGCUAAACAAGUGCUAUUGUAUGGCGGGGCAGAAGGACAACUUACAGUAUGUACUAUUGUAUGAUCAUGUUGCAUGAGUCUAGAACAAACGUACAGAACAUGACAUUUUGGGUGUUGGUAGGCUACAGUUUACAAAAGGUGAAUUGAAUUUAAGAAUUUUCAUGCUACUAUAACAUGCAAAUGUGUUUUAGUAAAUAGCACAUUGUAAUUAGCAAAAUAAUUUUUUUUUAUAUUUUAAAUGAACAGACAUCAGAUAGAUACGCAGGCUUUCAUCCACAUACAUCUCUUUCUUGAAGAAGUGGAUCACAUUAAUAUUUAUAUUACUUGUCACCGGCCACUUUAAUAGUAAUUUGUUCUUGAUUCUAAGAGUCCUGUUCUUCGCAGGAGUGGAACCCAAUGUGGUCUUCUGCUGUUGCAUGCUGAGAUGCUUUUCUGCUCACCACGGUUGUAAAGAGUGAUUAUAUGAGUUACUAUAUCCUUCCUGGUAGCUUGAACUAAUCUGGCCUGAGUUUCCCAAAAGCAUUGCAGCACAAAGAUCAUCAUUAAAUGAUAGAGCAAGCAGCACAAUGAACACACACACACACACUCACUCUCUCCUAGUUAAGAUGCUUUUAGUGUUAAGAGGUUUUUGGGAAACCCACCACUGGUCAUUUUCCUCUGACCUCAACAAGACAUUUGUUUUCACCCACAGAACUGUUGCUCACUCAAUGUUUUUUGUUUUUUUGCACCAUUCUGUGUAAACUCUCGAGACUGUUGUGUGUGAAAACCCCAGGAGAUCAGCAGUUUCUGAAAUACUCAAACCAGUCCGUCUGGCUCAACCCAACACCCAUGCCACAGUGAAAAUCACACUUUGAGAGGACAAUUUUUCCCAUUCUGAUAUUUGAAGUGAACAUUAACUGAAGCUCUUGAUUUGUAUCUUCAUAAUUUGAUGCAUUGUGCUGCUGUCAAGGGAUUGAUUAGAUAACUGCAUUAAACAGCGGGUGGAUGGGUGUUCGUAAUCAAGUGGCCAGUGAGUGUGUGUAUAUAUAGAUGGAAUUGCACCAGGAAUAAUCACCACACUGCUUGUCAUUUUCAAAUAACUUCUUAUACACUUUAAAGACACCUGACUGUUCUCCCAGCCACAGGCCGAUAUGUAUUUUUUGUAAUGUGAACACUUUUGUGUAAAU